AUGGUGGUGGGAUCAGUGUCGGAGGAAGGCUUGGGCGGAAUGGGAAAAGCCGUGGUGGAAGAGGGAUCACGCCUAUGUGACCACCUGGGUAAGGGAGAACUGAGACCUGAUCUGAAUAGUCCCACAGCUAACUAUUUGCAACUACAGAACCUUAAGGCCGAGGUGGCUAUGGCCCAGUUGAAGGAUAUCCGAUACAGACAAGCAAUCGAUGCAGAAAUUCGGCAUGCAGCAAAUAAGGCUUUCAGUUCUCCCUUGUGGAUGCAAAUCGAGGGAGAGCUCAAGAAAGCAGGGGACGCGCUCGAGGACGCUUCCGUUGCUAUACAGAACAUUAUGGAAGGUAAAAUUCCCGAAGCUAUUGAGGCUCUGCGAAGAGAUCGGGACCGCGAAUGGGAUAGAAAGAUCAAGACGAUCGAAGAGCUCAAAAGCACAACCAAAAAUAUCAAGGCAAAACUCAACCUUGCCCUCGAGGAACUUAUAAAGAACAAAGGCCGCAUUACAGAGAGGGAGGUGCAGCUAGCAAAGGAUGUUGAGAAGUUGAAGGGUGAGCUUGAAACCAGACCUUUUGAGGAUGACUAUAGGCACAAGCUCCAAGAUCACGAAGCUGUCGAGGCGGAGAUUCGCAAAAUCCAGAAAGCUCUCACAGAAAUUGGUGAUGGUAUUGAUAAUACCGUCGAGGAAGCACAGAGAAGGGUCCGUGUGAUGGAACAGGGAGUUCCCACCGUCAAACUGAUUCACGUUGUUGGCUCUACUGAUGUGUUUAUCACGAACAAGCCCCUCACUUUCAAGGCCGAAGGCAGAUGGGAUGGCAAGCCAGUCCACUGUGAAGUUCAGUGGGCACCAGGUUGGAGUGUUGCCGAGCUGUAUGAUCAAAUUUCUUCCAAGUUGUUCGAUGCAGCGGCCUCAAAGUUGAUGCUCCCAAUAAAGUGA